GGAACGCACAAGCAGCAUCCGCAAAGCCCAUCACGAGUGGCAGCGGAAACUGCAAGUGAACGCACUGGCAGCGGCCAUGCUUUGUCUGCCCUCGGCCAUCACCGAGCUUGCCUUCGAUGCCAGCAACCUUGGCGCGGACAAAGAAGCUGAGUCGUACACUUUCGCCUUCUAUCUUGCAUCUAUGGCUGUAAGGAUGUUCGGUCAUCGUCUGGAACAGUUCUCCUUCAACUCAGGCCAUGACAAGCUGUUGCGACAAGAGACCGAAGGUGCUAAGAUCACUUCCGAGGAUAUCAUGAACUUUCAGUGUCUACGGAGACUGGCGCUCGCGCCCACGUUCUCGUCCCAAGAAACUUUCAAUGUCUUUCAUGCACACCUAGAUCUCGCCCAGGUACCGGAGUUCUCUACGUUACGAAUCAUCGAGACUUUGAGGACGCUGGAGAUCUGGAAUACGCAGCUAUCUUCAAUAGUCGGGAGACAUAGUGUUGCAAGGCAAACCGAGUUACAGAAAGUCGUGUCAUUCGCGCAGACACUGAAGGCGCUUCGUUUGCUAAAGUUCAAAAACAUCGGUCUCACUACCCAAGGCGUCCAGCCGCGCAUCCGAACAGAAGAUGAGUCACGCGAACUCAGCUCGCCAGUCUGGUUGUCCUUCGCUAUUUCUCUGCGUCGGGCCGUGGCUACAAAGGCAGCUCUCGAGUUUGAGGACGUAUACUACCAACGAAUGCGUAACACGCAGCACAAGAUCUCUAAUGCCGCGCUAACAUGGGUCAUGAUCGAAGCUGUCCCUGUGGGUGCUGAAAUCGACUUCGCAAGAGAGGAACGUCUCCACGAGGACUUUGAAAGCUUUCUGCCGUUGUGGGAAGCUGAAGACAGUGAGAGGGGUACCCUCGCGGCCGCUGAGCGGAAGGGCGGUGCUUUGGUUGAUGCAGCCAUGUGCAGCCGCUGGCGACAGUUCUCGAACGUCAGACGUGAUAAGGGCGAAUGGUCGACCAUGUGAGCAUUAACGGCAG